GGAUCUCCGUGCAGGACAAGACUCCGAAGAGACUCCCCAGCCCACAAACCCAGCCUGCCCCCAGCUCCCCCACCUGCCACCCCUUGGCCCCUCCCACCGCCCGCCCCCCUUGGGGCGCAGGGCAUGGUGUGAAAGGCCGAGUGCUGGGCGGGUGCCAUGGGUGCUGGGCCCUAAGGCCUGGGUGGUGGGGGGUGGGUGGCUUGUGGGCGUGCGGGGGGGCCGGCGUGCCUACCCCAGUCUCUUGGCGUGCUGGAGGGCAUCCUGGAUGGAAUUGAAGUGAAUGGAACAGAAGCCAAGCAAGGUGGAGUGUGGGUCAGACCCAGAGGAGAACAGUGCCAGGUCACCAGAUGGAAAGCGAAAAAGAAAGAACGGCCAAUGUUCCCUGAAAACCAGCAUGUCAGGGUAUAUCCCUAGCUACCUGGACAAAGACGAGCAGUGUGUCGUGUGUGGGGACAAGGCCACCGGUUAUCACUACCGCUGUAUCACUUGUGAGGGGUGCAAGGGCUUCUUUCGCCGUACGAUCCAGAAGAACCUCCAUCCCACCUAUUCCUGCAAAUAUGACAGCUGCUGUGUCAUCGACAAAAUCACCCGCAACCAGUGCCAGCUGUGCCGCUUCAAGAAGUGCAUCGCUGUGGGCAUGGCCAUGGACCUGGUUCUCGAUGACUCAAAGCGUGUGGCCAAGCGCAAGCUGAUCGAGCAGAACCGGGAGCGGCGGCGCAAGGAGGAGAUGAUCCGGUCCCUGCAGCAGCGGCCGGAGCCCACUCCUGAGGAGUGGGACCUGAUCCACGUGGCCACGGAGGCCCAUCGCAGCACCAAUGCCCAGGGCAGCCACUGGAAGCAGAGGCGGAAAUUCCUGCCGGAUGACAUUGGCCAGUCACCCAUCGUCUCCAUGCCAGACGGAGACAAGGUGGACCUCGAGGCCUUCAGCGAGUUUACCAAGAUCAUCACUCCGGCCAUCACCCGUGUGGUGGACUUUGCCAAAAAACUGCCCAUGUUCUCCGAGCUGCCUUGUGAAGACCAGAUCAUCCUCCUGAAGGGGUGCUGCAUGGAGAUCAUGUCCCUGCGGGCGGCUGUGCGCUAUGACCCUGAGAGUGACACCCUGACAUUGAGUGGGGAGAUGGCUGUCAAGCGGGAGCAGCUCAAGAAUGGCGGCCUGGGUGUGGUCUCCGACGCCAUCUUUGAACUGGGCAAGUCACUCUCUGCCUUUAACCUGGAUGACACGGAAGUGGCUCUGCUGCAGGCUGUGCUGCUAAUGUCAACAGACCGCUCGGGCCUGCUGUGCGUGGACAAGAUUGAGAAGAGUCAGGAGGCAUACCUGCUGGCGUUCGAGCACUACGUCAACCACCGCAAACACAACAUUCCGCACUUCUGGCCCAAGCUGCUGAUGAAGGUGACUGACCUCCGCAUGAUUGGGGCCUGCCACGCCAGCCGCUUCCUCCACAUGAAAGUCGAGUGCCCCACCGAGCUCUUCCCCCCUCUCUUCCUGGAGGUCUUUGAGGAUCAGGAAGUCUAAAGCCUCAGGCGGCCAGAGGGUGUGCGGAGCUGGCGGGGAGGAGCCCGGAGAGGAGGGGCCGAGCUGGGGGCCAGGGAGACCCCCGCCUCCUCUCUCCUCCCUCUCAUUCUUGGAUAGAUGCAGCUCCCACACACACCCCGCACUGCCCAGGUCCCCCAGAACCUCCAGCCCUGGGACAGGGCACACAGAUGAACUUGCUAUGAAAGGAUAGUGUGGGAGGCUGGGACCUGGUCCCGCAGUUCCUGGGAGCCCGUCCUGUGAGAAGUGAGGGAAGGUACGGGACAAGCCAGAGCCACCGUGACCGUAGGGAAAGGAGGAGUGAGGCUGGGGACUGUGCAGUUGCUCCCCCUACACACGCAGGAGAGAGCCCCAGUGGUUCCUUGGCCCGAAGCUUCCCCUCCAGGCUCAGGGCCUCCGUUUGCCCGGAUGCCUGGGCGUAAAGGACGGCUUGGGCUGGGCUUUGCUCCUCCACCGGAGGUUAAAGAUGAUAGUCAUCCUAACUGCACUUUGGAAACCAAGUGAGGGGAGAAGAUAAAUGAAGAAAAACUAGACAGAGAGAAAAAGACAAACGAGAGCAAGCGAUAGAGAGAGAUGAUAUUAAGUUAUUAACCAAGGCUGGCCAGAGGGGAAGGACCUGUCCUCCCCUCCCCAUGCACUUUGAGAGCUGCCCCCCCCCCAGAUCCGAGAGAGAUGCCCUGAUACCCCCGGGGUACGGCUGACCAUCAGAGCUGUGAGUCAACACAACAGGGUCCUGGCCACCCCCUUGCCUUGCCCCGCCCUCUGUGCCCCUUUGGCACCCCCACCCCCUCCUUCUCUGCUCUCUGCCACUCGUGCCCGCUGAGUUCCAUCUACCUCUCACGCUGGAUGCCAGCUGGCCCCUCACCAGCCUGCCCUGCUGCCCACACAGCUCCCCGUUUCAAGUGCCCAGCCCCAGGGGCCCCUCCCUGGCCCCCUCGCCCCCUGCCUUGGCACCCACACAGGAAGAACGGUGGCCCGGCCCUUUCCCAGCUCAUAGCCUGCAGUAUUAGCUACAGUCCAGAUGCCGCUGGGGGGCCGUGCGUGAGCGGCUCCCAGCGCUUGUCCCCCGCGGGGUGCUCCCUGCGCCCUGCCCUCCUCACGGGCUCCCUCUGACCCCGUCCUCUUCCCCUCCAUACACUAGCCCAGCCUGGGGGGCCCCGCAAGGAAGAGGGGUGUUUCCAGCCCUGCACUGGGGCCCGGGGAGGGGCAGUGGGCGCUCCUCCUGCUUUCUUCGAAGCUCUUUAGGCCGGCUGCCACUCUGUCCCGCCGGAACCUCUUCCCCUCUCUUUGCUCUAAUUCAGGGACUUUGGCUUGAGCCCCCCAGCCUCCUGGUGAGGAGCGCUCUGUUGGUCUGCACUUGGGGGAGCUGCCCUCCUCCUCUCCUCCCUCUGGCCAAAGCCCACUCCUCUGGGGAGACCGGGAGGGAGGGGGAAGUAGGGGAACAGAGCAGACCAGAGGGCCUUGGGCUCAGGGCUGCAUGUGUCGGCAGGGAUGGAUGGGUGGACGCAGAUGCCCCCGGAAGCCAUGGGGAACGGGGCGGGGGCGGGGGAGGGGUGUCAGGGCUUCCUGCGCUUUGCACUAUUGGGGCACAAAUGUCUUAAGCAGUGGGGAACCUGCCACUCCACUCUGACCCUCAGCCUGCCACAGCCCCCCCUACACACACACACACACACACACACACACACACACACACACACACGGAAGGCAAUGCCAUGCCACCAGCCUGGGCAGUGUCCUCCCUUCCCUCCCUGCCAGGUGUUCCAGCCCGGCCAGGGCCUGGGGAGCAUCAUGUCACCUGUGCAUGUGCCUGCCCCGCCCUCUGGGGCCAGCCACCUUGCCCUCUUGCCUGUUUCUCCUCUCUCUCUCCCGGGGCACUGAUCCUGUAUCCUCUAGUCCAUGGGCAAAGCUCACCCCGUCCUCCACGCCCAGGGGCCCAGCGGCGUUCCUGACCUGUCUGCUGUGUGUCCCAUCCCCCCCCCACCUCCCGUCCCUAGCCAUGGACAUGCUGGCCUCUUAGGCACUUGGGAAUCCCUGUCUCCCCAGUCACAGGAGCUGUGACCCCCGCCCCCGCCCUCCCCCCAGCGAUGCGGGGUGUAUGUGUGCGUUUCUCUGUGUGAAUGUGUGCGUGAGUACACGGGUUGGGGGCGCCAGGACUCAGGAGUGCCCCGCACCUGCUCCUGCGAGGCAGCUGUCCCAGCCCCUGCUGCGGAGUGAGGGACAGGGCCCUCUCCUGGGGGCCAUUGGUGCUAAGGAGGGGGAUGGCCUUGCAGCGGGUGCUUCGCACGCCUCCUCCAGUGUUGGCCCGGGGCACUAGGGCAGGCAGGGCGGGCGGCAGGUGCGGUGUUGCUGGGAGGACUGGGCGCUGGGAAGAGGUUGAGGGGCCAGGCCAGGACCACUACCCCGCCCCCACCACCCACCUCUCCAUCUCAGUAUUGCCCCUCCCAUCACUUAUAACACACAUACCUCAUCCAGCUCCUCCCUGCUAGGACUUGGGGAGGGUGGGGGAGGAGGAGCCCCUUCCCCUUUCCUGGGUGGCGCGGGUCUGCAGGGCUGGGAGAGGGCAGGACCGGUGACAUGGACACCGUCCAUAAGGAGGACAGGACUUCCUGCCCUGGGGACUCCUGGGUGGGGGAUGGGGACACUGCCCAGAGGCGCUACUGAAUGUAUGAGAAGCCGGUGCUGGGGUGGGGGGAGGGGGGCGUGGCCAGAAACGGGGAAGGGGGUCGGUGGGUCCCUUCCCUGGGGCGGGGGGCUGGUAGGGGUGACUUGAGGGGCUCCUACUCCUGCCCCACGUUGACAAUCAGUAUGUCUGUUAUGUGCGAUUUUUCACCCCGUUUGUUUUGGGUCAGGAUUUUAAAGAAAGAUAUUUUUAUGGUAA